AAAGACAACAAAAAAUAUUAAAUAAAUUAAAGAGUUGCGUAUGAAAUCAGGCCGGCUUCAAUGUCUGCAUUCUUGUUUUGCAUUAUAUCAGCAGUGCUAUUUUUUUACCUUUUCGGACAAAGAAUAAAUCACAAUUAGUGUAAGUGGCAUGCUUCAGAUUUCUCUUUUCGGCCUCAUUCUUCAUGAUUUUCCAAUCCAGAAGGGUGAUUUUUAUGGGCUAAAUCAAAAUCUCCAAGGAAGAAUUCUUCUUCUCUGUGACUGUGAAGCUUUUCAAAGUCUCAAACUCUUCCAAAGGUAGAAUGAAAAGAUCAGCCAGUUUGCCUCAAGAAAUUAUUGUAGAAAUUCUUCUGAAAUUACCUGUUAUAACCCUUGUAAGAUGCACAUGCAUAUGCAAAUCUUGGUACUUACUCAUUAAAAACACAACUUUCAUUUCCACUCAUCUCAAUCAAAGCCUUUCCUCAACUAAAAACUCCCUAUUCCUCCUCAGAAGUUUCCAUAACCAAGAAGAGCAUUUAUCCCUCCAUUUCGACAAUGAGGAAUUUACAGACUAUAUGAAUCUGGAAAAACCUCCAAAACUCAAGCAGUACUUCGAAAUCAUCGGUUCUUGCAAUGGAUUGAUUUGUUUUGCAGAGUACUUAACCAGUCCUAGAAAUAUCUUCACUUUAUGGAACCCCUGCAUCAGGAAGACCCUGACUCUCCCCAAGCCAAAUGUCACCUUCAAAACCCAUGGGUGUUACCAAGCUUUCGUCGGUUUCGGGCAUGACUUGAACACAGAUGACUAUAAAGUGUUGAGAAUUGCUGCAUUUAUUGAGAACGAUCAGUCUGCAGUUGAGGUUUAUUCUCUUCUUUCAGGUUCUUGGAAGUGUACUACACUAGUGCUAAAAUAUGAAAUCCUGGAUUCUUUUUCAAAAGCAUUUGUUAAUGGAGUUUUCCAUUUUAUUGCUUCACCAAAGAAUGCAGAAGAUAAGAUGUUGGUUUUAGGUUUUGAUACGGAUAAUGAGAUUUUCCGCGACGAUUUCUUACCAGAAAGGUUUGAUGAGGAGAUUCGAUCAGUAAUGGUGUAUAAGAAAUCAACCAUUGGAGUUUUCACAAUCAAUUCAAAUUAUGUGUGUCAUCUAUGGUUAAUGAAGGAGUAUGGUGAGCUUGGAUCGUGGACUAAGAUGUUAAAUGUUGAGACUCAAGAGGGAUUCAUUCCUAGAGCAUUAAAAUUCAGGAAAAGUGGAGAAUUUCUGUUGAGCUUCAGUGAAGGGGAGAUUGUUUUAUAUGAUUUAGAGAACCAACAGAACAAGAACCUUGGAAUUCAUAAGAAACUAGACGACUGUGUUUUCAUACAUCCUUAUGUUGAAAGUCUAAUGUUACUUGAUAAAGCUCAUCACUAGGGAAUAGUGAUGCAAAUUCUGAAUAGUCAGGACAAGAAUCCCCUAGGAAGAAAUUUGUAAUUACCUAUCAUGUCUCUGAAUAGUCUGUACACCACUGGAUUGUUUAUAUAUUUCCAAUUUCAUGGUGCCAAUAAAAUCUAGCAUAUGGAUAUUUGGCUAACCUGAAGAUCAGUAAUGCAUCUGAUUGAAGAAUUAGAGAGCAAGAAAUGUUUUA